AUGGAUUUUGUUUCGGGUUUGCCUGUGACUCCAUCAACAAAGGAUUCAGUAUGGGUUAUAGUUGAUCAGUUUUCGAAGAGUGCAUAUUUCUUAGCUAUGCAUACUAAUUAUUCAUUGCAAAAGUUGGCAAAGUUGUAUACUGCUGAGAUUGUUCGUCUUUAUGGGGUUCCAGUUUCUAUUAUUUCUGAUAGAGAUCCACGAUUUACUUUGAGGUUUUGGAAAAAUUUGAAACAUCGAGGCAUCAAGUUUCAAGUUGGGGAUAAAGUGUUCUUGAAGGUUUCUCCUUGGAAGAAUGUUUUGAGGUUUAGAAGGAAGGGUAAGUUGAGUCCUAGGUAUGUUAGACCAUAUGAAUUUGUUGAGAGGAUUGGAUCGGUAGUUUAUCAACUCAAGUUGUCACAGGAACUUGAACAAACCCAUGAUGUUUUCCAUGUGUCUAUGCUUUGGAAGUAUCAUUCAGAUCCAUCACAUGCUGUGCCAGUGGAGGAGGUCGAGGUUCGACCUAAUCUUACUUAUAAGGAAGAACCGGUUUAG